UUUUAACUAGGUUAGUAUAUACUACCGCCAUCGCCACUCGCCACUGGAGAUCUGAUCGCUGUCGGCCUGUCGCCACACGUUGCGCACUGGUCGCUCCUCCCGUCGACUCGCAGCCCAGUUGCCUCGCUGCUCCCUCCUCCAGACUCCUGCUUCUUCUCCUCCAGACCUCGCUCUGUAGUCGAUAGAAUUUGAAAUUGGAGAUUGGGAAAGUGUGUGAAAAGAUGAGUGAUGGCCAGCGGUUUCAGCUUGGGACUAUUGGCGCACUCAGUUUGUCUGUGGUAUCUUCUGUCUCUAUUGUUAUUUGCAACAAGGCCCUUAUCAGCUCCCUCUGUUUUACAUUUGCUACAACUUUGACAAGUUGGCAUCUUCUAGUUACAUUUUGUUCUCUUCAUGUGGCCCUAUGGAUGAAAUUCUUUGAACACAAGCCGUUUGAUCCCAGAGCUGUGAUGGGGUUCGGAAUGCUGAAUGGGACUUCAAUUGGCCUUCUCAAUCUAAGUUUGGGGUUCAAUUCAGUUGGAUUUUAUCAGAUGACGAAAUUGGCAAUCAUCCCUUGUACGGUUCUUUUGGAGACCUUAUUCUUUAGGAAGAACUUCAGUAGGAAUGUCCAGGUUGCACUGACUAUCCUUCUCUUUGAUGUUGGAAUUGCAACAGUUACUGAUCUACAGCUCAACAUGCUGGGCUCUAUUCUAUCUAUGCUUGCAAUUAUCACAACCUGCAUUGCACAGAUUAUGACUAAUACCAUACAGAAGAAGUUCAAGGUUUCUUCCACACAGCUUCUAUAUCAAUCUUGCCCUUAUCAAGCAAUUACUCUGAUUGUAACUGGACCAUUUCUGAACGGGCUUUUGACAAAUAAAAAUGUGUUUGCUUUCAACUACACUCCAAAAGUGCAUUCAUUGUUCUAUCUUGCUUAAUAUCAGUUUCUGUGAACUUCAGUACAUUUCUAGUAAUUGGGAAGACAUCUCCAGUGACCUACCAAGUAUUAGGACAUCUGAAAACUUGCCUUGUGUUAGCCUUCGGAUAUGUUCUCCGUCAUGACCCUUUCAGUUGGAGGAACAUUUUAGGAAUAUUUGUUGCCGUGAUUGGAAUGAUUAUCUAUUCGUAUUAUGUCACUAUUGAGACCCAACAAAAGGCUAGUGAAGCAUCAGUCCAGGUUUUUCAGCUGAGAUCUUCAUGGCGCAUUGGAUUUCUGCAGUGUUGAAGAAGAUAUGGUGGAUGGGUUCCCAUACGAAGUGCCAGAGGAGUAUCAAAAUAGGCCUUUGCUGAAGGGAAGAGCAACGGUUGACAUGAAGGUCAAAGUUAAGGACAACCCUAACCUUGAGGAAUGCAUCUUCCGCAUUGUUUUAGAUGGCUACAAUGCUCCUGUUACUUCUGGGAAUUUUGUGGAUUUGGUUGAACGGCAUUUCUAUGAUGGCAUGGAGAUUCAAAGAGCUGAUGGCUUUGUGGUUCAAACCGGUGAUCCUGAAGGUCCUGCAGAAGGUUUUAUUGACCCCAGUACAGAGAAAACACGCACGGUACCUCUUGAAAUUAUGGUGAUUGGGGAGAAAAUGCCAUUUUAUGGAUCCACCUUGGAAGAAAAACCGAGCAUUAGAAAACAACUUUCCGUAUUCUUUUCUCCUUUCAGUAGAAUUUUCCAGGAACUUGGCCUAUUUAAGGCACAAACAAGGCUUCCAUUUAAUGCAUUUGGGACAAUGGCCAUGGCUAGAGAUGAAUUUGAGAAUAAUUCCGGGUCAAGUCAGGUAUUUUGGCUUUUGAAAGAAAGUGAGCUGACUCCUAGCAAUGCAAAUAUCUUGGACGGCCGCUAUGCCGUGUUUGGCUAUGUGAUCAAAAAUGAAGACUUGUUGGCGGAUCUCAAGGUUGGAGAUGUGAUUGAAUCUAUGCAAGUAGUAUCUGGCCUCGACAAUCUUGUCAACCCAACCUAUAAGAUUGCGGGUUAGAAGUGUGAAUUUGUGCGUUUCUUUCUCUUGUUAUGUGUAACAGCAUUUUUUCACCUCCACAGCAAUGUCAUCAUAUUAAUAGUUAAGAAGAUGAGAGCUACGUACCGCCAUUCUUUCUUUCUUUCUAUAUUUGCUGUCUCUAUUCUGUAAGGACUAAGGAGUGUCUUUAAAACAACACACCCAGUCAGUCACUCACAUUCUCUGAUUUCUCAUACUGUUUUUCUCGCAUGCUUCGUAAUCUAUGCAUUAUUUUGCUUGCCAUAUGUGAGAGGUUUCCAGCAUGCAAGAAUAGCCAGCAAAAUAAUUUAUAUCCCAGUGUACGAUUAUAUCCUUCUAUGUCAAAAAAAGAUAUUCUAGUUUGAUAUUUCACGCUUAUUAUGAA